AUGAUAUUUUUGCAUUAUGUUACAGCGUCAAUUGUAACAUAUAACUAUGGAUUCUUGUUAUUACAUCCAGCUUAUGUGUGUCGAGAGGGUCUUUAAAGUGAGUUCAGCAGCUGUUCAAGAGAAUAAAUCUGUCAUAAUUAGAACCCUGAUUUUUAAUGGAAGAUUAACUUUGAUACUGCUACGUCACUAACCAACUGGAUAGACAGGCUAAAACUAUAAUGCGCUGACUCAUAUAUGCUUGGAUUGUUCGGAUCAGUUGAGUUUCUUGGUUAACUUGCUGGAAGCUUUGUAUUUCCACCAAUGGCAGAUAAAUUUGGAAGAAGAAUUUUCACAGUUGCUGGAGUUUAUGUCUAAGCUCUAUCAUUUAUUAUGAUGAUCCUAACAAGAAAUAUAAUUGUGUAUCUCUUUUCAAUUUUUAUGUUAGGAGUCGCUUACUCGAACAAAAAUAGUAUAAGCUAUUCACACUUGAUGGAAUAUUCAGGGAAUCACGGCUCAUUCAUUACUGGUUUACUCUAACAAACGGGAAAUUUGACCAGUCAAUUAGAGAUAUAACUCGUAUUUUCUAGAUAAAUACAGAAUGAAAAAUUUAAGGCAAAUUAAAAUCAUUAGAAACAGCAAAGCCUUUUAAAACUACUAUUGUCAACUGAGAAUACUAUAACUAAUAUUGGGAUGAUUAAUGUGUGCCGAUUAGCAUCAUGCACAACAUUCUACUUGUUUAACUUCUACAUAAAGUACUUACCGGUCAAUAUAUACAUGAUUGGAGUGGCAAUGGGCAUGUCUUGCUUUGGUUAUCUAUUCUCAGAUGUUAUUAUCCAAAGAUUUGAUGUCAUAAAAUGCUUGAAGUUGUCCUAUGGCAUCACCUCAAGUGUACUAGUAAUCAUAGUUUUUAUUAAUCCUGCACUUAUCAACGUAUAUGUAUAUUCCUUCAUGUUCUUUAUUCUCAAGUCAUUUGUUUGUAUGAGUUAUUCUGCCAUAUUUGUGGCUCAUGUGUAAAUAUUUGAUUCAAGGAUCCUUGCGACUACUUUUGGAAUAUGUGGUAUAUUUUCAAGGUUAUUUGCCCUAUUCAUUCCAAUGAUCGCUGAACUAGAGAAUAAAUAAAUGCCUUUGAUUAUAGUAAUGGGAAUGAAUAUACUUGCUUUUGGAGCAACAUUAUUUCUCAAAAGAUUGUGA